GAGCAACAAAAUACAAGUCCUAGUUAAGGCAACUUUUUAGUUAAUUUUCAUUACGUUAAUUGUGUUCUAAUCAUUAAUGCCAUCGUGAUAAUUAAUGAAUUUGCUUCCUUUCAAUUCUUUCAAAUGAAUGGAGACCUCCCAUUCUGAAAUAGCGUGAAAGAAGUCUCAGUGCUUAACUACUCGGUAUUUAGAAAACGCCCCCGCGUAAACAAACUCCCUAUUGCUUGGCACCGCUGUCGGUCGGUAAAGAUAAGUGAUAUUGAAACUUCAGGUAUUUAAUGACCUACAAUCAACAUGGGCAGGCAAACAACAAUCAUUCCGAGAAAUGCAACAGACAGAAGCCUGUUCUUGUUCAUGGUAAUUGGCAUACCAUUUGCUGUUGUAUGGCUUGGUGGAGUAGUGUUGCCUCAUUACCACACUGAAAUCAAUGGAACAGUUCUUUUUCACAUUACUGCUGCAUCGUUUAUCUUCUACAAUAUCUUCCACAAUUUGCUGCUUGUUAUAAGGACUGAUGCUAGUGGAAGAACUUCUUUCCUACCAUCAGUUCUUAAGCCUGGCUGGGGAUAUUGUUCCAUUUGUCAAGCCAAUUAUCCACCAAGGUCAUAUCACUGCCACAUUUGUGAUGAAUGCAUCCUGAAAAGGGACCACCACUGCAAAUUUACUGGCUGUUGUAUUGGCUACCACAACCACCGCUACUUCCUAGUAGGGGUGUUAUAUAUAUUCAUUGGGGCACUCUAUGGCCUUUGUUACCAGUGGGAUUAUGUGUACAGUACUAUAAACCUUCCCCUUGUAUACUUCUUCCUUACUUUAUUAGCCCCUCAUUUUUCAUUAUUAUUUGGUGCAAUUAAUAUGUGGGGUGUUGUUGUUGCUACUUUACACACACUUGGCCUUGUAACUUUUGGAAUGGCUGGCUACAUUCUCAUGAUACAGGCACGAGCUAUUUAUCGAGGCCAGACACAGUACGAAAUGAAACAUGAUAUAAGGGAUUACAAUCUUAACUUAAGCCAAAAUAUUAUUGAUGUCAUGGGAAGGAACUGGAAGAUUGCUUGGUUAUUGCCUGUAAUAGAUUCACCAUUAAAAGGAGAUGGUUGUAAAUUCUUGAAGGCAAAUGAAUAUGAACCCCCAAAAGAUAUUUAGAAUCCAUACAUUUUCAUAUGUUGCUUAUUGUUAUGUUUGUGAAUUAGUCUUAAUUGCUUUAUUUAGCAUUAUUUUCUUGUUAGCAUAACAAGCUGUGUUCUUUGUGUCAUUUUUGGUGUGAAAUUGGAAGGAACCAGAGUUAAUUGAUUUUUCUCCUGGGUUGCAUUACAUUCUAAGACUACUCUUGUAUAAACUCAACAGUGAUACUGUAUAGGUAUGGCCUUGUCAUUUGCAAACUUUGAGGGUCUUCAAUACAUGUGAGAAAAAUAGAACUAAAAGCUGAUCAAUAAAAAAAAAUAUAUCA